CCGCCGCUGUGCGAGGCUGGAGAUGACGCAGCGAGUUUUGCGAGAUUCAGGACAGCCAGGAGGGCGGGUAGAAUAAUAAAAACAAAUCCGUGCUGAAGAGGAGAGAAGGCGGGAUAUAAAGCCGAGCUGACGCCUUACGUCCACUGACGCGCAGGAACGAGCAAGGCCGUAGGUGGGAAAGCGGUGUGCGGGGCCGGUUACAAGCUAGUGAAGUUUAGCGAGUGUUUGGUGCCCGCCCGCUUCAGUUUUCUUCGCUGUGACGGUGGAUGCGGCUCCCCCGGCUCUGAACAACACGACAAAAGUGGAGUCGCCAAAGAUGCCGCAGCCCAAGUCGCGGAAGAUCGCCAUCCUCGGCUACCGAUCCGUGGGUAAAUCUUCAUUGACCAUACAGUUUGUUGAAGGACAAUUUGUGGAUUCCUAUGACCCAACUAUAGAAAAUACAUUUACUAAACUCAUAUCUGUAAAUGGACAAGAUUACCACCUUCAGCUAGUCGAUACUGCUGGACAAGAUGAAUUUUCCAUAUUCCCUCAGACUUACUCCAUAGACAUUAAUGGAUAUAUACUUGUGUAUUCGGUCACCUCUAUUAAAAGUUUUGAAGUGAUUAAAGUAAUCCAUGAAAAACUGUUGGACAUGGUCGGAAAAGUGCAGGUACCUAUAAUGUUGGUCGGAAAUAAGAAAGACUUGCACAUGGAAAGGGUCAUCAGUUAUGAAGAAGGAAAAGCCGUCGCAGAAUCGUGGCAUGCUGCGUUCUUGGAAUCGUCUGCUAAAGAGAAUCAGACUGCUGUUGAUGUUUUUAAAAGAAUAAUUUUGGAAGCGGAGAAAAUUGAUGGUGGAUGUUCACAAGGGAAGUCGUCCUGCUCCGUAAUGUAAUUCCACUACACAAGCUGCGGACACUGGGAAUAUAUUCUACUUGAAUAAGCAAACUGCCUGUUCUACUUCAAAACUAGGCUUAUCAUGUAACUAUUUCUCUCCCAGGA